AUGGUUCAAACAUAUUUCGACAUCGGUUACAAGAGCCCUUCGGGUGCUCAAGAGGACUGGGGACGUAUCGUCUUUGACCUGUAUGACGAUGUGCCCAAGACAACCGAGAACUUCAGAGCUCUCUGCACCGGCGAGAAGGGCUACGGCUAUGCUGGAAGUGACUUCCACCGUGUCAUUGCCAAGUUCAUGGCCCAGGGCGGUGACUUUACCCGUGGUAACGGAACCGGUGGCAAGUCCAUCUACGGUGAGAAGUUCGAGGACGAGAACUUCAACCACAAGCACAACAAGCCCAAUCUGCUGAGCAUGGCCAACGCCGGCAAGAACACCAACGGCUCGCAAUUCUUCAUCACCUUUGUCCCCACUCCUCACCUCGACGGCAAGCACGUCGUCUUUGGCGAGGUUGCCAGCGGCCAGGACAUUAUCCAGAAGAUGGAGGAAGUGUCUCUCGACAAUACCGGCAAGACCAAGGGAACCGUUUCCAUCAAGGCUUCUGGACAGUUGUAA